AUGCCCGAGAAGAGUGUGCGCACGUUCAAGGACGUGAGGGGGUGUGACGAGGCGAAGGCGGAGCUGGAGGAGAUCGUGGAGUAUCUGCGCGCCCCCGACCGCUUCACCCGCCUCGGUGGCAAGCUGCCUAAGGUGAGAGGGGAAGGGGAGCACUCAGCUGAAGGUGCGAGUGAGGGGGGCACGCUGCUGAAGGGGGUGCUGCUGAUCGGCCCACCAGGCACGGGCAAGACGCUGCUCGCCAAGGCCAUAGCGGGCGAGGCGGGGGUGCCCUUCUUCUACCGCGCCGGCUCCGAGUUCGAAGAGAUGUUUGUGGGAGUGGGGGCGCGGAGGGUGCGCACGCUGUUUCAAGCGGCGAAGAAGAAGGCGCCGUGCAUCGUGUUCAUAGAUGAGAUUGACGCGGUGGGGGGCAGUCGCAAGCAGUGGGAGGGGCACAGCAAGAAGACGCUCAACCAGCUGCUCGUCGAGAUGGACGGCUUCGAACCCAACGAGGGCAUCAUAGUGAUGGCGGCCACCAACGUACCGGACAUGCUCGACCCCGCCCUCACCCGCCCCGGCCGCUUCGACCGCCACGUGGUGGUGCAGGCACCGGACGUGAGGGGGAGGAGGGAGAUCCUGGAGCUGUAUUUGGAGGGCAAGCCGCUGCACGCUGAUGUUGAUGUCGCCAUGCUCGCCAAGGGCACUCCCGGCUUCAGCGGGGCAGGUGGGCCGUGGGGCGGGUGGGCCGUGGGGCAGGUGGGCUGUGGAGAAGACCUGGCGAAUCUGGUGAACAUGGCGGCGGUGAAGGCGGCGCUGGACGGCGUGGCGGCGGUGGGCCGCGACCAGCUCGAGUUCGCCAAAGACAAGAUCCUCAUGGGGGCUGAGCGCCGCUCCCUCGUGCUCUCCCAGGCCUGCCGUAAGAACACGGCAUACCACGAGAGUGGGCAUGCGCUGGUGGCGCUGCACACGGCGCACGCGCUGCCCAUCCACAAGGCCACCAUCAUGCCAAGGGGGGCGGCGCUGGGCAUGGUCACGCAGAUGCCAGAUGACGACUUUGAGACGAGCCGCACGCGUGCGCAGAUGCUGGCGCGGCUGGACGUGUGCAUGGGGGGGCGCGUGGCGGAGGAGGUGGUGUUCGGCGCGCAGCACGUCACCAGCGGGGCGCGGGACGACCUGAGGCAGGCCACGCGGCUGGCGCGGCAGAUGGUGCGCGAGUGCGGCAUGAGCGACAAGCUGGGGCCCGUCUUCAUUGACAGCGACGGCGCAGGGGAGGGGCGCGUGAGCGGCGAGUUGCUGCGCGUGGCAGAUGCUGAGGUGGCACGGCUGCUCAGAGAGGCGUACGCACGCGUCACCACCCUCCUCAAGCAGCACGAGCAGCAGCUGCAUGUGCUGGCAGCAGCGCUGUUGGAGCGCGAGACAAUGACAGCAGAGGACAUCAAGAAGCUCCUCGCCUCCCCUGCCACUACCCUCUCCCCUGCCGCCGCUGCUACUAAUGCCGAUGAUCUUUCCAGGCCACUCACCCCAGCAGACCUCCAAGCACUCCCAGCAGCACCUGCUGCUUUCACCGCUGCCUCACCUCCCUCUCACGACUCUGCUGCAACCCUGCCUGACUUGGCCUCCCCUGCUGCAUGCUGA